AUGACAGAAGAUAACUGGACUGGUGGUGGUCCUCCAGAGUCGCUGACGCUCUAUGCGACUGUCUCGCAGGCGGGCCGGGCUCGCGUCUCUCUAGCCAGCUCGUCGUCUCUGUGGCCUGUGCACGGCUUCCGGUGGCGGGACGCGGGGCCGCGCACGCGGGAAAAGCUUCACGGCAACCACUCUUCCCUCAGCGCGCCCACCUCCUGCGCCGGGGCCCUCGCGAGGCUGCAGCCUGAGGAGGUAGGUGGUGGUCGUUCCCCGGUCCCAGGAAGGCAGGGGCGCCCCUCCCCCAAGGGACGCUCGACAUGGACCAUUCCGCGUUCGAAACCGCGGGGAGCGGGCGAAUCCAUCCUGUGGGGCGGGGGUGAACCGGAGGCCCGCGGGGUGGUGGGAGCGCUGCGAGGGAAACCCUGCACUCUGAGCUGGAUUGGGGCGCGUGCGAGGUGCGGGCUCCGGGCUGACCCUGGGGUUCCGCUGCUCGUUGCCAUGGCUCCCGCCAGAGCGGCUAGAGCGGGCGUCGGGUUGGGUGUCAGCGGUAUUCCAGGCCCGCUUCUCCACCUGGGCUUAGGCCUGGACCCUCGAGCGCUGCAGCGUCCGUCUGUAGGUUUCCAGGCAGAGGAAAUCCUGAGACAUCCCAGGCGCAGUUGGGAGUUGCUGCUGUGCUCCAUCCGUGAGCACAGCGAGGUGCUGUCUUUCGUGCUUAUCUGUCUUCCUUUUGAAUUUAGAUUCCCAACCUGCUGAGCAUCCGCCCACCCACUCAGGAGUUGGGGCCCAGCCCCCAGUUUACUCGGUUUCCCUUGUGCAGCCUGGGGCUCUGCCCAGGCCACCACAGGCAGGGGUCG